UUGAGGGGAGGGGAGAAAUGGAUAAUGAUUUAAACAAACAGCAACAGCUAAACAAGAGCAGCGGCCUGCAGGUCUCACGUCACCGCUAGAUCCCUCUUGACCCCCCCCCGCCAGAGAAGGAGGACCCUCCCGCGCGCUUUCGGAACGUCGGUGGCCCGGCUCCGGCUCUGCGCUCCAUCCUCCCAGCCAGCAGGUGCCCCCAGACCCCCGGCUCCUCCUCCGCCGCCGUCACAGCCUCGUCCUCCCCUUCUGGCUCCUCUGCUUCCUGUUGCCGCGAUCCGGGCCGGGAGCUGCGGGCGCCCGGGCGCCCAAGGCUUCCCGGUACGCUCCGCCAGGAUGGCAUUAGCUCUGUGUCUGCAGGUGCUGUGCAGCCUGUGUGGCUGGCUCUCGCUCUAUAUUUCUUUCUGCCACCUGAAUAAGCACCGAAGCUAUGAGUGGAGCUGCCGGCUGGUCACCUUCACCCAUGGAGUCCUCUCUAUAGGCCUCUCUGCUUAUAUUGGCUUCAUUGAUGGCCCAUGGCCAUUUACCCACCCAGGCUCACCCAAUACACCUCUCCAAGUUCAUGUCCUGUGUCUCACCUUGGGAUACUUCAUCUUUGACUUGGGCUGGUGCAUCUACUUUCAGUCUGAGGGUGCCUUGAUGCUGGCGCAUCACACGUUGAGUAUCUUGGGCAUUAUCAUGGCCCUUGUGCUUGGGGAGUCUGGCACAGAGGUCAAUGCAGUCCUCUUUGGAAGUGAGCUGACCAACCCCUUGCUACAGAUGCGCUGGUUUCUCCGGGAAACAGGGCACUAUCACAGUUUCACUGGAGAUGUAGUGGACUUCCUCUUUGUGGCUCUGUUCACAGGAGUGAGGAUUGGUGUGGGAGCUCGCCUCCUUUUCUGUGAAAUGGUCUCCCCCACGCCUAAGUGGUUUGUGAAGGCUGGGGGAGUAGCGAUGUAUGCUGUGUCUUGGUGUUUCAUGUUUAGCAUCUGGCGCUUUGCAUGGAGGAAGAGCAUCAAGAAGUACCAUGCUUGGAGAAGCAGGCGGAGUGAGGAACGGCAGCUGAAACACAACGGACAUCUCAAAAUGCACUAGCCAAGGCUUGCUCCAGAUUAUGGAUUGGGUUAAGUCAGCCAUGGGAACCAGGUUGGAAAUAUGACUGUUACAUAAUUACGCUUAUAACAAACUUAGGUUUCAAAAAAGGGCUAAAUGUAUUGAUCAAUUUGGUCGGUCUUCAAGCCGAGCAUAUACCAGUAUUAAAACACUAACUUCUACAGUAGCACAGUUGUGGAAAGUGAGAAUACUCCAUGGUAGUUGGGAAUAAGUCAGAACUGUGAAGUGAGUACAACUGGCAUUUGUUUUCAUUUGUGGUGACCCUGGGUCCUCCUGUCCCUGGGAGGUUGAUGCUCAGGCAGUUUAGAAAGGAACUCGGGCCGGGCGCUGUGGCUCACGCUUGUAAUCCCAGCACUUUGGGAGGCCGAGGCGGGCGGAUCACGAGGUCAGGAGAUCGAGACCACAGUGAAACCCCGUCUCUACUAAAAAUACAAAAAAAUUAGCCAGGCGUAGUGGCGGGCGCCUGUAGUCCCAGCUACUCGGAGAGGCUGAGGCGGGAGAAUGGCAUGAACCCGGGAGGCGGAGCUUGCGGCGAGCCGAGAUUGCGCCACUGCACUCCAGCCUGGGCGACAGAGCGAGACUCCGUCUCAAAAAAAAAAAAAAAAGAAAAGAAAGAAAGGAACUCGAAAAAGAUUAGUGCUAUUUCUUGUUCCUUUGAGAAGUAACUCUUUCAAUAAACACUUAUUUCUGCUUUCCAUGUAGCAAUUUAUUUAAGUUUACCCCAUUUACUAUAAAGUGAGGGGCUUUCAGGAAGAGACACGCCUUUGACAUUCUGAACAUUAGAUCGAGGAAUUGGGUCGCUUAAACAGAGGGGCGUAGGAGGGCGAGAGUGAAACUGUGGCAGUGAGGGGGAGGGCUACUUACUGAACCUCCUAUACCAACUGUGCCAGAGGUGCCCAAGACCACUGCCAGGUUCCGUAAUUCUCUGGGAAAACUCAGUGGACUCAGCAUAUAGUCUUACUCACAGUUUUGACUUAUUAUAGUGAAAAGAUACAAAGAAAAAUUGGUAAAAGGAAAAGGCACCUGAGACAAAGUCUAGGGUAAAGCAAGUACAAGUUUCCAGAGUCCUCUCCCAAUGGAAUCACACAGGAUGCACUUAAUUCCCCUAGCAGUGAUUUGUGACAACAUGUGAAUGAGUUGUCUACUGGACAAGGUCAUUACAGACUCAGUGCCCAAAGUUUUUACUGAGGACAGGUCAUCUAGGCAGCCUUUCCCUGGCAGAUAGCAAAAUUCAAGACUCUCAAAAGGAAAGCAGGUGUUCAGCAUAAGCCAUAUUGUUUGCACAGGCAAUUCAGACACAGUAAGCCAGUCUUAUCAGUUAAUGGUGGGAGCCCUUCCAAAAUCUAAGUUCCCAAAUGCCGGCCAGUGGCCAACCCUGUAAUCAGGCCUCUCCAAGGAUAGCAGUUUAGGCCUGCUAUGUUAACUCUUUUCUGCACAAAACCUAUAGAGUUAGGGCUUUGGAUUUGAGAUGAAUGAAGUGUGGGUAGAUUUACUGAGUCCUGUUAUAUGGGUUCUGCCCUACCAGGAAAACUAUGCCAGUUCUCAGGGCUUUUGUGCAUUAAUCUCCUAGGCAUUUGGGGCUAUGACUAAAUUCCAUAGGGAUUUAUCAUGUGGAUUCCACUGUGCUUGAGAUGGCAGUUUAGAUUUCAGUUCUGCUGUACAUAUUGCAAACUAGAGCCAAAGACUUUAAAGUGUGUACUGGCCUCAGGGGGAUGAGGUUAAUUUUUUUUUUCAUUUUAGAUACAUUCCCUUUUAGUACUCCUCCUACAUUUCUUAUUUUUACUAAAAAGGUACCACUCUAUGAACAAACUAAUACAACAAGGCCAGUCUUGGAAGGAAAAAAAUAAUAAUUCUUAGUGUGACAGUCUCCAAGAGAAGCAAGAAUAUAAGCUUAGAACAAGGGGUUAAGAAUCGAGAAUUCCUGGGUUCUUUUAACUAAUUUUGCUACUCACUUGCCACUUUGGAGAGCUACUCACUCACUUUGGAUAGGUUACUUGUUUCUUCUUUGCCUGAGUUUAAACCUAUUGUGAAUGAAUGAAAUACCCUGUAGUAUAUUUCAUAGAUACAUUAUGCAGCACUUUAUUAAUGGAAGUCUUUAAUGUAGGGCUUUUAUGGAAAUAUGAAAUAUUUAUGUAUUUAUUAUUUAUUUUUACCAUGUUAUUUAAGUCAAUGGUGUUUGAUUAGCUCAGUGGGUGAGCAAGCACAUGGUGCUACUGGAGUCAAGGCUGGUCAGUAGGAAGCAUCAGUCCGUUCCAUGGCCACUGGUAAUCUAAGAUAAUGAGUGGUGUUUUUUUUGUUUGUUUGUUUUUUGGUUUUUUUUUUUGAGACAGUGUCUUGCUCUGUCGCCCGGGCUGGAGUGCAGUGGUGUGAUCUCAACUCACUGCAACCUCCGCCUUCUGUGUUCAAGUGAUUCUCCUGCCUCAGCCUCCCGAGCAGCUGGGACUACAGGCAUGUGCCACCAUGCCUGGCUACUUUUUGUAUUUUUAGUAGAGACGGGGUUUCACCAUAUUGGCCAGGCUGGUCUUGAACUCCUGACUUCAUGACCCGCCCGCCUCGGCCUCCCAAAGUGCUGGGAUUACAGGUGUGAGCCACCGUGCCCAGCCAUGAGUGGUCUUGAAAAUGGAAAAUGGUCUUGGCCACAGAAACCAGGCAUGAGGGAGUGGUUGGAAUGGUAUAAAGUCAUCACUGUUAAGGAAAUAGUAACUUUAAAUGCAUGUUAACAGUGGAUCUUUAAAAAUGAAUGUCAUUUGGUUAAAGAGUUUUGCUGGGCAUUGAGAUAAUCUGACAGCAUCUCCACUUCCUGUUUUUUUCUUAAUCUCCACUGUUUUUUUUUUUUCUGUGAUGAGUGCCCCUAAAAUGCUGGUAAGCUUCUUUCCAACAAAAUUGCGGUCAAAGUAGGGUGCUGGGGAAUGCUGAUUUUAGCAAAAGCUCGUAGAAAAGAGUGGCUUGGCACAUGACCUUAAAAAAAAAGAAAAAAAGCUGGCUCUUGAAUUUUGGCACAGUGCAACCAGUUCCAUACCAGACAAAUGAACAGGCUUAAUCUGGUACCAAUUCUUUUUCUCUGUUACUCUCAGAAGUGAAGGGACUGCAGAUCUUGUUGUUUUGGGGACACUUUCAUGGGACUGUAUGUAGGUUUUUUUGAAUGGUGAGAAAUCUGAAUAAUUGAUAAGGGGAAGGGAAUCCCUCAUUUCAGCUUUUCUUGAUGUUGUUACUAAUAACUAUGAAAAAACUUCUGAGAGAACAAUGUGAACUGAAGAUGACUCAGCAGUUAAGACAAUGCUAAGUUCUGAAACCACAGGUAAAUGAAGGGCUAAUUAACGUGUGGUAUACUCAGACAAAAUGAAGUACUCAUUUGCACUGGAUUACUAUGUAAUGAUAACGAACACUGUUCAAGAAGGAUUUAUAUUUCCAUAAGAUUUGUACUAAAUUUUAUAAAAGUAAAAUAACUUUUUAUAAAUCCA